AUGGGAUAUGACAACAGUCUUACAAUUUACGAGAAGGACAAUGGCAUUAGGAAGAUUUAUUUCGGAUUCUCCGAAGCAAAGCCUCUAGCUGAGCUUAUCUCACUCACUGUAAUUCCACUCUCCAACAUGAAAACCCUAACCUCUAAUUUCCAAGAACUGCAAUUACAAAUGAACUCUUCUUCAUCUAAUACAAACAUUUUAUCUCCUUCACUUCUCUUGCGACGCCGUCUUCCUGUUUUCUCUUCUCCCUCCUAUCUCAGACGCCGAACCAGAAAUUCCAAAUUGGUCCGCCUCUCAUCUUCUCUCACUCAUGUCUCCUGGCUGUCUCCUCACCAUUGUGAUAGUAAAGAUUACAAUGGAUGGGCCAUUGUUGAAUCUCCUCCUCACAAGAAUAAUAAGAAGAAAGGUUUGUCUACGGUUGUGAUUGGAGUUGCUGUCGGGUCUUCAUUUGUUCUUUUACUUGCUGCCAGCUAUUACCUUUCGCCCUCUGGAACAGGGUUCAAGUUUCAGUUGGGUAGUCGGUUAAAUGUUUUGAAUGAAAUUUUCAAACAGAAUGAAAUGAAAUCUGAUGAAAGCAAAACUGUGGACUCUCGUGAAACAGAUGGAUACAUCAUUGCAAGCCCUGGCCCAGAGUGUGUAAUUGAUGACACUGGUAAAACUGCUGCUUCAGGAUCAGUGGACAGGAUUGAGCGUGUUAUUGUGUCAGUUGCCACGGAUUCUACUCAACAAGAGGCCUUGUCUGUUUUGAAAAAACUGAAGAUCAUUGAAGAUGAUGUAGAGGCUGAUGAAUUGUGCACUAGAAGGGAAUAUGCGAGAUGGCUUGUUCGUAUAAACUCAUUAUUAGAGAGGAGUCUCAAGCACAGGAUUGUUCCAUCCAUAACACCUUCUGGGUCUGUGGAUGCUGCUUUUGAUGAUGUGGAAUUUAAAGACCCAGAUUUUGUGUUCAUCCAAGCACUUGCUGAGGCUGGUAUUGUUCCCAGCAAGCUAUCGGGGAAGAACUAUGGUUCUGACUGUUCUGAAGGCCAAGGAAAUAUCCACUUUUCCCCUGAGAGGUUCAUUUCUCGACAGGAUCUUAUAAGCUGGAAAACCCAAGUAGAAUAUGAAUUUAGGCCAGACAUCUUGGAACAGAUAUCAACAAAAGUGGGUUAUAUGGAUGUGAAGGAGAUCAGUUCAGAUGCAUCUUUGGAACUCUUCAUGGACUUGUUGGCUGGGGACAAGAGCAUAGUUAGAAGAGUUUUCGGUCAGAGCAAACGGUUUCAACCAAAUAAACCUUCAACAAAAGCUCAAGCAGCAGUGGCAUUGACGAGUGGGAGGAUGGUAGAAGCUACAUAUACUGAAUUGUCAAGACUUGAAACUGACUGGUCUUCAAGGCAAGCUGAGAUGGAAGAAAUUAGGUCUGAGUUGCUUGAGAGGGGAGACAUAAAAAGAUGUUGGGAUGAGAAGUUCAGUGAAGAGAGAAGUAGAGGCUUUGAGGUGGAGAAGCUAUAUGUAUCUGCAAGUGCUGAUUUGGAGCAGGAGUUGAAUUUUCAAGAGAAGGUUUAUGCUGAGGCUUUGAAGGAGAAGGCGGCCAUAGAUUGUCAGAGGCAACUUCUUCUGAAUCUGAGGGAAGAGGUUGAUGAGAUGACAGAAAAGCUGGCAUCUGAGAGGGCCAUCUAUGUGGAUGAGAAGUGCAAAUUACAGAGUAUGCUAGGUGAAUUACUGACGAAGCAGGAGGGACUUCUUGAUACAAAAUCCAUACUGGAAGCUGAGAAAGAAGCUCUUCGGAUUCUUAGAUCUUGGGUAGAAGAUGAAGCAAGGAAAAGUCAAGCCCGCACUAAGGUUCUCAAGGAGGUAGGGCAAAGGUGGAGGUGGAACAGCCAUUCUUGAAUGUCAUAUUCCUUCAAAAAUACAUCAUCCAAUAUGACCUUGAAAUACUUAAUGGGGGCCAAAAAAUGUGCCUGAUUUUUUUUUCCAUAUAUGAUUUCUUGUAUGUGAGAUGUUUUACUGGAUGGGUAAACAUUGAUUGUCUUCUCUUAUAACGCCUAGUUAUGUUUGAGUGGAUUUCAACUAAGCUGACAAACAGGAAAAUUGAUUUGAUUAUUUUCGUUAGUUGCAA